GUAUCCAGAUUGCAAGCGCGACAACUGACAGAAAUGACCGCAAAGUGUAAAUCACUUGAGGUAUGAGUCUUUUAUAAUGAUGUUUGUGGUAUUUUAAUAUCAUGAUAUAAGCCUUAUAGUGAAUUAGGAGCUUGCGUGUUGCAAAAUUAAUGGAAUACCUAGUGAUUCUUGUUGUUUUAUUGUAUCUUAUCAGACUGAACGAGAUUCUUUAAAGCUCCAAUGUGAAACUUUACAGGCAGAAUAUCAGAAAAACAAUGAAACACAGGUUUGAACUUUCAUGCACAUACUGUAUAUAUGGUGAAAUCAUAUAUUAUUACCCUGUUUAUUACACUGGAGGGGAUGAUUUGUAUGAAUAUGACCCAAAGGCAGUCAACAAAAUUUCAAUUUGGUGUUAGUACAUUUUUGAAGUAUAAACUUGUACAUGUAGUAAUAGUCCAUUUUACAGUUGUGUGCUUGGUUGCCAAGCCUUUGAACAGGAGUGAGGCUAGUAAUUUUAUGUGCUUUUGAAAUGCAAAUUAAUUUGUUAUCAUGACCUUUCUGAUCUCUAACACAACAAGGUCACCUCAUUCAAAUAAAGGCUUAGGCUUUGGUUGUUUGGUUGAAAUGACCAAUUUUGGUUGUCUUUGAUUAUUAAACAUAACUAUUCUCUGUAAACAAGAUCUCUUUAUGCAGUUUUGUAUUCUAGCUCAUUACUUGUUUUAUCAAGGUAUAAACCUCUACAAAGAUGAUGAGAGCAUUUGAUAAGUGAAAGAGUAUUUAUAUAGAAAAUGUUGUCGCAUGUAUAAAUCUCCAAGUCGAUUUUUAAAUUUGACUUUACUAUUUUAUCAUUUUGACACUUGAUUUUGCAUUGUUUUAUUUUGUUUUGGUUGAAGGAGGAGAUGACAACAGAAAUAAAUAGACUGGAAAAAGAGGCCAUGUCACAAAAAAGGUCAGGAUCAAGUUUAAUAACUUUGCAUUCAGGCUACCUAGGUAAUUAAUCGCGUUCUAAAGUUUUGUUUGAAAAGAAAAACAACUUGUAUCGGUGGGCGUGAUACUGCGCUUUUGUAUGCCAUGCUUUACACAUCGUGUACACACAAUCAGAUAUGUUACACAGCUAUGGAUAUAUUGAUGGUACAGUAUUGUGGUAUUAUAACUCUAUCGGUGUUCUGGCUAGUUUUCGUUACAUUUUUGUAUUGUAUGCGAUGUAGUGUAUCAAAUUUGAACAAAACUCUGCAUUUUAAAAAUAUGAACCUGCACCGAGAUUUUAGCCUAGAAUGGUUCUUUUAAGAGGGGAGCUUAGCUAGGAAAUUUUAGCCUAGCAGGUUCUUAAAUUCUAGGUUCAUAUACGCGAGUUUUUUACUGUAUGUAGUUUGAAUAAUUGUUGGAUUGAUUCUGAGUUGUGUUUGGUUGUGCUGCGAACCUGGAAUUUGUCACACCAGGGGUCUACAUAAAUGGCGUAAAAUUUUUAUUUACUGUUAUUUUUUUGUCUGGAAAUUACUCAUGUAGGAAAGAUAUUUGACAGUACAUUGUUCCUCUUUGGCAUUUCAAUUAUGCGAAAACUGAUUUUCAAAGUAUUACUGUUUGAUUCUCAGCCAAAUGGAAGAAAUGUCGCACAAACACAAAGUUGAGCUGAGCAAUUUGAAAAUCAGGUUUGUGGUGGUAGAUUUACAUUUUAUCAUAUUUGGAUAGCAAAUUAGAGGAGUGUUCAUUAUUUUGAACUGAUGCUUUGGAACCUACUUUAUUCGAGUCUACAUGAUGUCUCAUUGCAUUUUGAAUCUCAGCUUAAUGAAGAACAAAGGAGAUCUAGAACGAGAAUGUGAUGCAUUAAAAGCAGAAUUAGACAAUUAUAACAAUAAAGUACAAGUAUUGGAAAGGACAGUGGAACACCUCAAGAAAACCAUUGACGAGAAGGUAUUUAGAGCUGUUAAUUCUUUCAUUUACAAGAUUAUGAGACCAUUUCGGAACAAACCAGUGACAUCUAGACAUGGGUCAAAACUCAUUUUCAUUGUAACGCAUCGGGAACAUUUUGAUCAUUUUGGUAAUGGAGAAUUGCUGAUAAGUCAGCAGUGUUACCCGACAAAGAAUAUAUCUGGUGAUGCUUUUACUGUCCCCAAUUUGCCCAAAGGAGAUUGCACUUGUUUCCUCUACACUGAACAUUGUUAAACUUUAUCCUCCUUUACCAGGAACAUGAACUGAGUAAACGAGUGCAAUCAGCGAGAGAAGUGGAAUGGGAGAAAAUAACUCAGUUAGAACAAGCUAAACUUCAGGUUAGUUUUUGAAGGGUACACUGAAAAUAGUGAAAGAUCUCAGACACGUUCAUGAUCUGUUCCGAGAGAUUAUUCGAUCAGAAAAGGUUAAAGCCUCAAAAUGCUCACAUGAACUACUGCUCAUCGAAGUAAUUUCUGUGAAUGUGUCAUCCCUCAAGGUGGUGUUGUCUUUGGUUCUUUAACGUACAGCUUCGUUACAAUUGCACUCUAUUUCUUGAUGUUUGCUUUCGCUUAAUGUUAGCUAUUAAACACAAGUUUUAACGCACCAAUUAAGAUCAACUUUUGCAUCUGAUCGUCAUCAAACCAUGCAUACCGACGUUAGGAGUAAAGAGGAGCAAGGAAAAGUUGUAAGUUGGGCUGUCAAAAGUAAUUUUUUUUUUCUCUCACUCUGUAGUUGGAAGCCAGCGUAGGACAGAUGGAAAGGUAUGCAAAGAUUUUCCUUUAAAGUUUUUUUUAUGGUAUAAUUGUAUUUCAUAACAAAGACUUUAUAUAUAUAUUGUUUUUUUUUCUGUUUUCGUCUUUGCUAAGUAGAUUUUACCUAGAAGGUUCUUCUUUCUCAUGGCUGGUGUUAAAGAAAUUAGCGCUAAAACUUCACCAACUGAAUUGCGAAGCAUUCGGGUUCUGUGAAUCAGGACAAUUUUUCGAACUUUCCUAAAGCAAAAACUGAAUAACUAACUCAACCAAACACUAACGUAACUGAACAAGGCCAUUUGAGUAACGAUGCUAUCUACAACCAAAACGUCUAACUAGAAACACGGCGGGAUUUGAACCAGGUUUUUUUAGCCAAUGAGGGUUCCCCGGUAUCCCUAGUAAUUUGCCUGUCCAUAAACCUGUGAAGCAACCAACCCAGCCCCCCUCCCCCCUCUAUGCACGUGUUAGGGUGCGUUGGCAUAAUCUGUUGACAGUUUUGAUUUAUUUGCAGAGCAAGGGCGGAUACUGAUGCGGCACAUCGAAUUCAAAUUGAGAAACUUGAAGAUCAAGUCAGAUCAGCCACAGAGUUUAAGGUUUGUACUCCUAAUAAGCGGAAAUGUCACGGCAAAAGGAGGGGAGGGGGUGAGGGGGAGGGGGAGGGGGGCCUCUCCUCUAUAAACACUUCUUUCAUUCGCACUUACUACCCUACCGGACCGGGCUCACCUAUGCAUUUUAUAAAGGCGUCAUCAUGAAAACGUACGUUGAGUUACUUUUAAAAUCAAGUCGUGUUUAAGAAAAGUUAUUUACCUGUAGUGUUAAAGUACAGUGCUAGAUUAGGUUUUAAGCAGUGAUCCACAUAACCGAACGUGUGGUCAGUUUUAAUCGUAAACUCAUGUCUGAUUUCUCUUUACUUUUAAGAACGUGGCAGAAAAGGAAUGCAAUCAGCUGAGGAAUCAACUUCAAGAAAUGCGAAACACAGCGGAUGAACUUGACAAGGUUGGUGGCCGUGUCGUAUAAGAUAGGAGAAUAAAUCAUAUUUUAGUAAAGUAAAAGAAGUGAGGCUAGUUUACAUUCCAUGUUUAAAAAAAAGCCAAAUAAGCCUCACAAAGUUUUUGCUUUGUAGGAAAAAUCUCGAACCCAGGAUUUGAAGCAAAAACAGCAGCAGCUUCAAAACCAGUGUCAAAGGUGAGGUUGUUAGUAAUUGAAAAGAGGGUGCAAACUGGUUGGAAGUCGAAUCCUUACAGUAAGUCUAGCUAAGAAAGGGGCAUACAUAUAUCUCGUCCGUCACCCCUCCACUUCUCUGAAGUGAUGAUUAUAUAACAUCGAGACCUAUUUUGCCUCAUAAAUCAAGCAGGUAGCUUUACCCUUUUGAUAGUUACGGUAUAAGGAUGGAGUGCAUUAGAAAAGCUUGGGGAGGGGAUGUGGGAAUUGAGUCGUCUUCACGACGAUGGAAACUAGAUAGAUGGACUGGACUUAGUGAUGAUGCAGAACGUCCAUAACAUUUAACUCAUGUAAAUAACGCUAUCCAUUUGGGAGUUUCUUUAUAACAGGUUUUUCUUUUUUAUUUCAGUCUCUUGAGCAACGAGCAGCAGCUUUUGGCAGCAAAUGACAGGCUCAAAACAUCACUAGAGUUACUCAAUGACGAAUUAAGUAAGAAACAAUGAUGAGUUAAUAGCAAUUUUCAAUUAGAUGUGGAAAGUUUUCUGGAAUUGCAAUACUUUGUUCUUUGUUGCAGUCUCUGAUUGCUUGUUUCCUCCCCUCCUCCCCCCGACAGCGCAGCCGAAGAGUUAUACUUGGGGUAACCAAGAAUAAAUCCAGUAAAUGGUAGGGUGGAGGACUUGAGCCCGGGCCCACCAGAUUACCAGUACCCUAACCCCCUCUUUCUCUCUCCCCCCCCCCACCACGCCUCCAGUAAUCCGCCGCUUUCGACUGUUCGCGUGUGUUUACUUUGGCUUUUCGUCGCCUCCGUGUAUUGUAUGUCUUUUCUUCCGUUGUGAUAACUGAUUUUGGGUUUAUGGCGCCGAAUCGAAAAAACGCUCUGUAGUUUUUCAGUUCUGAUGUUCCAAAACUCUUGUGUUGCACGGCACCUACCCUUCUAUUCAACGCACAGUUAUGCAACUAACUGUAAAUCUUGGGUAUUAAGAAGUAACGUUUCUCUGUCUCAGGUAUUGCAAGAACAGAUCAACAGAGGCAACAGGAGGAAAGUCGGGGCAAUCUUGAACAAAAUAGGUAAUCACUGAAUUUUUUCAACGCCAUCAAAUCUAGCUUCGCUAGGGAAGGUUUUACCUGCCAACCGAUGCAAUUGUGUAGUUAUAAUUAUAGCCACCGCACUUACUGUUGUAGUUAUGAUUUCUGUUUUUCAGACAACAGUGGAAGGAUGAAAAGAAUGAAUUGGUAAAACAAAUCACUGACUUAGAGAAAACAUUAAAAGGAAAGGAGGAGAAGUCAAGAAAACUGGAAAAAGAGUACAAGAAGGUGUGGCUAAUAUAUAAUCAGAUGGAUCGUUAUGUGUCUUGUGAUCCUCCUCCGUCCUAAAAUCUUCGCGGACGCAGAAUAAUUCGCGGCACGCGUCUUAGAGGAAUUAACUUGGGCAACAAAUGCAUGUCCCGAUCGAUUGUGGAAUGAUAAAAAUCUUGAAAAGGAGUUCUGUUUUUGAAAGGAAAUAUCAUGUUGCUCGAAACUAUAUCUAGAAAUAAUUUCUGAGGGAAAAAAAUGUUAACUUCUGUUUGAUGUCCCCAAGUGCAAGACCAACAUAAGGCUUCAGUUUGUCAUUUCAUUAUUAAGGUCCUUUGUGUUUUAAUAAGCUCCGACCUGACAUUUGAUAUUGAACAAGUUUGGCAACUUUUAAAAGCAAGUUGAAAACUGCUUUCUUUCUUAUAUUUUACUUUCCUUUGCUUUUGUUUUUGUUUUUUUUCCUACUUUUGUUUUGCAUUGUUGUUUUUUGUUGGUUAGUUAUUUUCGUUAAAUUGUUUUACCUAUUUCGCCGCUAUCGCUCCAUUUUUGUAGGUGAUAUACCACUAGCUAAGGAAUCUCGUACUUCAUAAGCCCCAUGGUUUAUACUGUACUGAUUCCAAGUGUACCCUCCAAGCAAGGCCCCACAAAGUAUGGAUGGGACUCAUUUACUUUGUUGACUGUGAGACCUCAGAUAUUUUGUGGGGUGCUAACAAGCGACAUGCGGUGUAUAGCACUUUUUGACAUAUCUGACAACUGAGUUUUUUCACUUAUCAAGGUUUGCUCUUUUAACAGAAAUCUAAGAAACACAAAGAAGAAAUCAGUGAUCUUAGGGAUAGAAUGCAAGUCUUAGAAGCUCGUGAGGAACAACUGAAACUAGAGAAAGACUCAGUCAAGUAAGCAGUUGAAUUAAUGGCUAAUUUUUGUCAGUUUUAAAAUGAACUUUUAAUGUUUACAAUUAUAGUUAAACCCAUAAGCUUAGUGUGUAGUGUGCACAGUAGCCUUUCCAUAGCCGUGUUGCUUUUUGUUGGUGUAUUGUAGCGAGAAAGCUUGAAUCGAGAGCGCGGGAAGGAUCACGAAGUGCAAGUGGGGCUUAUAAUUAUUUGCUUGCAUGAGCAGAUUAUGGUAACGAUCAUUACUUUUUACAGGAGACACUUGGAGCUUGAGAAUGAGAAGAUGAAGAGACAGUUUGAGAAGGUUUGCUAAUAUUUAGCUUUUUUACUGCUUAGGCUCUUUCGUUAAUCAUUUUGUUCUUUGGUAAAACUGCGAUACAGAACAAAGAAAAGAGAAACUUUUCCUCAGAAAAUCAAGAGAGAGCUUAAGGAACAAGCUUACUCAGUAUUCAACAGUGCAUGCGUGAGUUAUUUCAUAACACGGGCGUUUCCCAGUUGUCAUUAGUUUCUUGCGAGGUUGAUAUGCGCGAAAAUUGGAAUGGUGAUGGGAGAUAGGGAAAAAAUAAUCAGCCAAGCGGUAAACUUUGGUAAAGCUUACCUCUAUCGCAAGUACCCCUGUCCUCACCCCCUCCCCCAGCAUUUCUUCAAGUUCCCGAGAGAUAGGUAGUGAGAAAGUGGUGUCUUACCGAAGAAAAGAACGCAAGCAUUAGAUUUCAUGCUGAAAGGAAUCUGAACAUAUGCUUUUAGUUUGAGAUUUUGUGCUAGUAAUUGAAACAAACAGUACUUCUAUUGUUUAUUUAUUUAUAAUCUUAUUUUUUGUUUUUUUUUCACCGAAACAGUUUAGGAAAAAACAGCAUCGUUUCAAGAGCGUUCUGGACGGUAGUCAGGGUGUAGGAGUAGCGUUUAUUCCCAACUCAAGCUCACCAGUGCCAUUUAAUUCGACUCUAGACCAGGUAAACUUGAGUUCUCGCCUCAUAUUAGAACAAUUUUCAAUUGAGUUUCGAAACAAAUUUAUACUGCCCAGAGAGUAGUCUUAAAAACUUGCGCCAAUCUCUCAACCAAUCAGACGCAAAACUAAAACCAACUACGACCUGGCCGCCGGCGUUUUCUCGCGCUCGAGGCAGUUUGCUUGAACUUAGAGUUCUCAGUGGCUCCUAACGGUAUUUUUCUUUCUUAUAACUGAUCUUGGAAUUUCUUUGGUUUUGGUUAAAUGACACUCCAUCAAAAUGCAGUUUAUCAGUGUAAUAGUCUAUCGAGUGUAACAAUGAAGUCGUCCUUCCGCAAAAAUAAAAUAAAGAAGUACGUUAUUUAUAUAACGCUAUUUUUAUCGCCAUCCAAUAGCGCUUUACAAUGACUGAAAUAAACAUAAAGUACUUGAAAAUCCCAAAUGGUGUGAGGCAGACCAGUUGGCUAUUUACACAGCGCAGCCGACGAGUUCAAUUUGGGACAACCAAGAACAAAUCCAGUAAAUAGUAGGGUGGAGGACUUGAACCCGGGCCCACCAGAUUACCAGCACCCUAACCACACGGCCACACCGCCUCCCUAAAAAGAAUUCCAUUCACUUGAUUUUCAUCAGCGAUGUGUUUCUUUUGUUCAGUGAUACUGUUUUUAAUUCUUUUGAAAAAGAUAAUUUAAGUGUGACUGUCGAGACAGUUUAUUUAUCAUAUGUGAAUGAUCUACCGUGCACAACUUUGGCUUGCUUGUGGUAUUUAAAUGUGAUUGUCGUGACAGUUUAUUUACCGUAUAUGAAUGAUCUACCGUGCACUACUUUGGCUUGCUUGUGGUUAUGAUCUUUAUUGCGAUUGAGGUUCGAAAUCGAACUGGACUCAAAUCAAACUCGAACUGGCAGCUUUAUAGUAAUGUAAGUAAAGUGACAUUACAUCUCUGAUUUGUUCUAGGAUCGACAGCAUCGUGAUAUAAUUACAGUAAGGGAAAGGCUCGAAGAACUUGAGGAGAAUCAAAAACAUAUUAGCGACCUACUGGCCAACUCAGAGAGACCGACCGGAGACCUGAGCAUUAGCUAACAAACAUAUGUGCCUCAAAUACAAUUACCUCACUUAGUUUCAGAAUCUGGGGUCUUUAAGAAGGCCAUGAAAUAUAUACAAUUAUAUUUAUUCUUUGCUUUUUAAAAGAUGAAAUUUGCCAAAGAUUGGGUUGGAAUGUGUUCACUGUUUACUGCUGGAAUGUCUUUUUUAAUGGCGUG